AUGGAAGAAGCCAGUCUGUGCCUUGGAGUGUCCUCGGCGGCACCGGAAGCUGAGCCCCAUCUGAGCAGCCCCGUCCUCAACGGCCAGUAUGCCAUGAGUCAGAAGUUGCACCAGAUCACCUCCCAGCUCAGCCAUGCUUUCCCCGAGCUGCAUCCACGGCCCAACCCAGAGGAGAAGACCCCGGUUCCCCUCGACGAGAAGGCCCACGUGCCCAUGAGUGGCCAGCCCAUGGGCAGUCAGAUGGCGCUCCUGGCCAACCAGCUGGGCCGGGAUGUGGACACCAGCCUCAAUGGGCGGGUGGACCUGCAGCAGUUCCUCAACGGGCAGAACCUGGGCAUCAUGUCCCAGAUGAGCGAUAUCGAGGACGACGCCCGCAAAAACCGCAAGUACCCGUGCCCUUUGUGCGGCAAACGUUUCCGCUUCAACAGCAUCCUCUCCCUGCACAUGCGCACUCACACCGGCGAGAAGCCCUUCAAGUGCCCGUACUGCGACCACCGGGCGGCACAGAAAGGGAACCUCAAGAUUCACCUGCGGACCCACAAGCUGGGCAACCUGGGGAAGGGGCGCGGGCGGGUGCGCGAGGAGAACCGCCUGCUGCACGAGCUGGAGGAGAGGGCCAUCCUGCGGGACAAGCAGAUGAAGAGCAGCCUGCUGCAGCCCCGGCCGGACUUGAAGCCCCUGCCGCACGCCCAGCAGACCCCGCUGGCCGCCUGCAACCUGGCCCUGCCCACCAACCACAGCGUGCCCGACGUGGCCAACCCGGUGCCCUCGCCCAAGCCGGCCAGUGUGCAGGAGGACUCAGCGACCCCCGCCGCUGGCUUCCGCUGCACCUUCUGCAAGGGCAAGUUCAAGAAGAGGGAGGAGCUGGACCGCCACAUCCGCAUCCUACACAAGCCCUACAAGUGCACGCUGUGCGACUUCGCUGCCUCGCAAGAGGAGGAGCUCAUCAGCCACGUGGAGAAGGCCCACAUCACGGCUGAGUCGGCCCAGGGCCAGGGCCCCAACGGCGGCGGGGAGCAGUCGGCCAACGAGUUCCGCUGUGAGGUUUGCGGACAGGUGUUCAGCCAGGCGUGGUUCCUGAAGGGCCACAUGCGGAAGCACAAAGACUCCUUCGAGCACUGCUGCCAGAUCUGCGGCCGGCGCUUCAAAGAGCCCUGGUUCCUGAAGAACCACAUGAAGGUCCACCUCAACAAGCUGUCAGUGAAGAACAAGUCCCCUAGCGACGCCGAGGUGCCUGUGCCCAUGGGCGGCAUGUCCCAAGAGGCCCACGCCAACCUGUACUCCAGGUACCUCUCCUGCCUGCAGAGCGGCUCAUUCAUGGCUGCCGACAAAGCCAGCCUGAGCGAGCCCAGCCAGCUCUACGGCAAAGGCGAGAUGCCCGUGAAGGAGAAGGAGGUUGUGGGGAAGCUGCUGACCCCCAUCUCCAGCAUGGCCCAUGGCGUCCCCGAGGGUGACAAGCACUCCCUCCUGGGAUGCCUCAACCUUGUGCCACCGUUGAAAUCCAGCUGCAUCGAGCGGUUGCAGGCAGCGGCGAAAGCUGCCGAGAUGGACCCCGUGAACAGCUACCAGGCGUGGCAGCUCAUGGCCAGGGGCAUGGCCAUGGAGCACGGCUUCUUGUCUAAAGAGCACCAGCUACAGCGCAACCACGAAGACACCUUGGCGAACGCCGGAGUUCUGUUUGAUAAGGAGAAGCGGGAGUACGUGUUAGUGGGAGCAGAUGGCUCCAAGCAGAAAAUGCCUGCUGAUUUGGUUCACAGCACUAAAGCGGGCAAUCAGAGAGACCUGCCAAAUACGCUCGACCCUUUGGAAGGCAGUCGGGAUUUUUUGUCACAUGGGCUGCACCAGGCUCUCGAGUACAACCUGCAGGGUCCCGGGAGUCUGAAGGAGAAGCCCACCGAGUGCCCGGACUGUGGCCGAGUGUUCCGCACCUACCACCAGGUGGUCGUGCACUCCCGCGUCCACAAGCGGGACCGCAAGGGCGACGAGGACGGGCUGCACGGGGGCCCCGAUGAGCGGCGCGGCUCGGGCAGUGACCAGGAGUCCCAGUCGGUGAGCCGCUCCACCACGCCCGGCUCCUCCAACGUCACUGAGGAGAGCGGGGUCGGAGGCGGGCUCUCGCAGACCGGGAGCGCCCAGGAGGACAGCCCACACCCCUCCUCGCCGUCCUCCUCAGACAUUGGAGAGGAGGCUGGGAGAUCUGCCGGCGUCCAGCAGCCCGCACUGCUUCGAGACAGGAGCCUGGGCUCGGCCAUGAAGGACUGCCCGUACUGUGGGAAAACCUUCCGGACAUCCCAUCACCUAAAGGUCCACCUGAGGAUACACACAGGUGAGAAACCCUACAAAUGUCCCCACUGUGAUUAUGCCGGCACCCAAUCAGCCUCCUUAAAAUAUCACCUAGAGCGGCACCACCGGGAGCGGCAGAACGGAGCCGGGCCACUGUCGGGGCAGCCCCUGAACCAAGACCACAGGGACGAGCUGUCCAACAAAGCUGCUUUGUUUAUCAGGCCAGACAUCCUGAGGGGCGCCUUUAAGGGUCUCCCCGGAAUCGACUUCAGAGGUGGCCCUGCGUCUCAGCAGUGGACAUCAGGGGUGUUCUCAUCUGGAGAUCACUCAGGGCAGGCCACUGGCUUGUCUUCUGAGGCUCCUUCAGACACUCUGAAAGGUACCGACCUUCCUUCCAAAAGCACCCACUUCUCCGAAAUCGGGAGAGCUUAUCAAAGUAUCGUGAACAACGGUGUGAAUUUCCAAGGGUCCUUGCAAGCGUUCAUGGACAGCUUUGUCCUAAGCUCCUUGAAGAAGGAGAAGGACGUGAAGGACAAAGCCCUAUCUGACCCUCCUUCCAUGAAGGUCCACGGGGCAGACGGUGGCGAGGAGAAGGCGGGCGGCAAGGCAGCCCCCAGGAAGUCUGAGAAGUCUCAGUACGAGCCCCUGGACUUGUCCGUGCGGCCGGACGCCGCCUCCCUCCCAGGCUCCUCGGUGACUGUACAAGACAGCAUCGCGUGGCAUGGCUGCUUGUUUUGUGCUUUCACAACGUCCUCUAUGGAGCUGAUGGCCCUUCAUCUCCAGGCCAACCACCUGGGCAAAUCGAAACGCAAAGAUAGCGCCGUCGGGGUGACGGUCAAUUGCAAAGACCAAGCCCGGGAGGCCAGUAAAGUGGCCUUGUUGCCCUCGGUACAAUCAAGCAAAGAGAUGGCGCUUGCCAACAUGAUGGGGCCUCUAGACUCGGCUUCUGAAAAGAUGGCCCAAGGACAGGUCAAAGAGACUCUGGGGGAGCAGAAGGGUGGCCCAUGGCCCGGCCACGUGGACCCCACAUUCUGUAACUUCCCGUCAGACUUCUACAAGCAGUUCGGUGUUUACCCAGGUCUGCUGGGCUCGGGGGCCUCCAGUUCCUGCCCCAACAGGGAGCCCGACGGGAAGGCCCACUUGGAAGAUGAUGCCCCGAUCCUGAUCCCUGAAACCACAAAUAAGAACACUACUGAUGACCUCUCGGACAUCGCCUCCUCAGAGGACAUGGACUCCUCCAAAGGAGAAAACAACGAGGAAGAGGAUAUCGACACGGAGCCGGAGGUGAUGAGCAAGCCGCCUGCCCUGAGCAAGGACGGGGGCAGCGACGGUGGGGAUGGCCUGCUGCCCGCAGGCGCCCCACAGCCCAUCCAGGGACUGGUCUCCCCUCUACCCCAGGCAUCGGAGAAGCAGUGGCACAGCCCGGGCCUUCUUCCAGCCCAGGACCCCGUGGCGAGCCUGCCCAAGCCAGAGCGGGGGCCCCAGGGCCUGGAGAAGCCGAUGAAUGUGCUGUCGGUCCUCAGGGCCUACAGCGCCGAUGGCUUAGCAGCCUUUAACGGACUUGCAAGUAGCACAGCAAAUUCUGGAUGUAUCAAGAGGCCAGACUUGUGUGGUCACAGGCCUUUCCAGUGCCGCUACUGUCCCUACAGUGCCUCUCAGAAGGGAAAUCUGAAGACCCACGUCCUCUGCGUCCAUCGCAUGCCUUUUGACAACAGCCAGUAUCCCGACCGCAGGUUCAAGCGCUCCAGAGUCGACUCGGAGGCUUCUGGGAAUUUCGAAGACCUCACAGCUGUCAAGGCGGGGAGCUCAGCGGAGCUAACGGAGGAGGGCAGCAAGGCCCAGGAGGAGCGCAACUGA